AUGGCCGCGGCUCAUCUGCUCCUGCUGCUGGCGGCGUCGGCCGCCGGACGCCACCUGGACGCCGACGACGUUGGCCUGGGUGCCGGGGGUGACGGGGCGUACCCCGAGGAGCUCAACCCGACGCUGACCGACGACGGCCUGACCCUGAUCGAGUCGGACAUCGUGCUUCCGGAUGGCGUUGACCGGCGGGCGCUCAUGGCCAAGCGGUGGCCGCUGGGCGAGGCGGUGCCGUUCGUGGUGACGCCGGAGGUGGAGCAGCGGCGCACCAACAUCGAGGCCGGCAUCAGUCACAUAGAGGACGUCACCUGCGUGACGUUCCGGGAGGAGCCUGUCGAGUUCGCCGGGGCGCCACAUCUGCGUUUCAUCAACGGCAGUGGCUGCUACUCGUUCCUCGGCCAGAUGCAAAACAAACUCAGCGGUCAGUCCGUCUCGAUCGGCAAAGGCUGCGCCGCACUGGUGACGGUGGCGCACGAGAUCAGCCAUGCGCUCGGCUUCUUCCACGAACAGUCGCGACCCGACCGUGACCAGUACGUCGAGGUUUUGUGGGACAACAUCAAGCAGGGCAAAGAGGCCAACUUCAGGAUUAAGGAGAACGCCGAAACGCUCGGCGUCAAGUACGACUUCCGCUCUAUCAUGCACUACGCUAAGUUCGCCUUCUCCACUACGGGCAUGCCGACGCUUCGUUCGGUGGACCCUCUGCAGGGGCACUUGAGGGUGUGGAAGGCGCGCUUUUGUGAGAACGUGCCGGAUGACUACAGCUACUACGGCCCGGUGUGCGGCGACGCCGACAUCACGACGCCCGGCGUGAUCACCUCCCCCGGCUACCCCGACUCCAUGGAGAAGGACCGCCACUGCUACUGGCUGGUGACGGCGCCGAGCGGCUUCGCCGUCCGCCUCACAGUCACCGACGUCUCGAUGACGACUCCCCGAACUGCAAAAGCGCGAUCUCGCGGCCGACGCUUCAGCGGGUCGGUCGAGUUCGUGCCGGACGUGUAG